AUGGCUAAUAAGGAUAAGAGUCUCUGCUGUGAGUGUAAUAAGGAGGGGUACAAUAAAUUAUUAGAAACCAUCAAGGGUAUGAAUGUUUCAAUUAAAAAUACAGAAACUAAUUCAGGUAGUAUUAAGCUAAUGGAAAAAAAAGGUAAGGGGAUUGCCUGGAAGUAUGAGGUUAGUAAAGAUAGAAAGAAGGGGAAAAAGUUCAGACACAAAUUAGGUAAUGAGGAUAAUUGUUUUGAUAAGGUCAGAUUGAGCAAUGGAAAUAAGGACAGAGAUUGUAAAUUAGGUGUUCUCUAUUCUCAUGUAGACUCCAUUUGUAAUAAGAUGGGUAAAAUUAGAUAUUUAGUUGACUCGAUAUAUAAGAAGAUGCUUAUUUUGAUAUUUGUGGAUACAAACCCAAAGAACUUGACAGGUAGUUAUCGACUGCAGGAAUUUCAAAUUAAAGGGUUCAGGUUGUAUAGCUGUAAUUUUAUGAAGGCUGGAUUCAUAGGUAUUUUCUGUCAUGUUAAAAACACACUCUCCUCAGUUAUUGUUGAUUUUGAAAGCAAAUUUGAAGAAUAUAUUGCAGUUCGCUUGUUGAAUUUAAAAGAGGAAAUUUCAUUCUUAUACAGAAGCCCAUACAGAAGCCCAAACUCCUGUUUGAAGAAUAAUGAUGAACUCCUAAAUUUAAUAAAGAUAUUUAUAGGCAAUGGUGGUAAUAAAUUUAUAAUUGGUGAUUUUAACAUCCCUACAAUAAACUGGGAGUCAAUGUCUGUUAGUGGAGGUUUAAAGUCGUUUCAGUGGAAGUUUAUAGAUUGUGUAAAUUAUUGUUUUUUGGUUCAGUUCAUUGAUGCCCCAACAAGAUAUAAGAAUAGACAGAAACAGAAUAUUUUGGAUCUGCUAUUGGCACAACAACAAAAUUUAAUACAAGAUAUCAAAUAUAAUUCGCCUGUGGGUAAAAGUGAUCAUCUGAUGUUGAGUUUUUCUUUGGUGGUGAAUACGGAGGUAAUAACACAUUUAAAAGAAAAUAAAAUGUUUGAUUAUAAAAAAGGAAACUAUUUUCUUAUGAAUCAAUUUAUUUCUGCAAAUUUAUCGAUGCCUAAAAUAGAUAAUUCAAUAAAAGGUGAUGGGGACAAGCAGAUUGUGUUAGAUGAGAUUUGGGAUAAGUUUGUUAUGGUUAUUAACAUGGCUGUGAAUAAAUAUGUGCCACUUAAGACUGAAAUUUUUACUAAGAACAACCAUUCAAUUGAGUUACCAACUCAUUUAUUAGAAUUAAUAAAGGAAAAAAAAUUGAUAUGGAAAAGAUAUAUGAAAAAUAGAAAAAGUAUGCUGUAUGAAGACUUCAAAAGGAUUAGAAACGAGGAAUCAUGUUAA